AUGGCCUCACAAUUCUACGAAAGGAACACCAGCGGAAUGAACGCAGAUAGAUUCAUGGCUCGGUUAACGGAUGAAUCCACUGUGAAUACAAUGCAGAGACAUUAUUGGACAGCUCGACAAUUUAUUAGAACAAAACUGGGAAAGAAAGAAGACGAGCAUCUGGAAGCCAGUGAUAAUGAGUUGGAUACAUGCUUGAAUCUCUAUAGAUCUGUUCAUGGAACAUCCUUUCAACUUCUUAAUAAUGUAGACAACUAUGCUAACUUUCUUCUUGAUGAAACUCUUGUUCAAAACGUACUUGGAAAAUAUCUGAAAGAAAAAGGAAAAAUCGACAAAACAGAAGCAGUCGGUAGAAUUCUAAUAGCUGUCGGAAGGUCACUUCUCUUCUCAAGUCAUCGUUUGAAUGCCGCCAGAAUCGGAGUAUCAACUUUCUACAACAAGUUGAGUGUUUUCGUUGAGAGAGCAAUCGGAGAUUGUUCUCAAACAAUCGAAGCAGUUCAGAUGUGUCGAACAGAAUAUAGAGGAAGUCUUUUAUGGAUGAAGAAGACAAGUGAAGAGUUAGAUCCAGAAGUUGAUGGGUCAAUGGAUAAAUUCAGAGAAGCUCAGGCGACAGUAAAAACAAAUAAAGAGAGAUUGGAUCGAUUGAAGACUGAUACACUUCAGAAGGUCGAUCUCUUGUCUGCUUCUCGUUCAAAUCUGCUAUCAUAUGUAUUGACUCACUAUCAAAAUGAACUCUUUGAAUAUUACUCAAAGACAUCACGAGCAUUUGAAACUUUGGCUGAAAAUAUCAAUUGCUACAAUAAUUAUGACUUCGAAAUUUUAAGUCAUUUGGCAACUGGAACAAAACCGGAAAAAGAGAGAAAAGAAGAGAGAAAAGAAGAGAAAGAAGAAUCGACAAAAACUACUCAGCCGAAAAAUAAUGAAGAAGAGCUCAAAAACCUUCUUUUUGGAAGAGAAAGUCCACAAUUUGGAAUGGAAGAUCAAGAAGAAUCGAGGUCACAAUGCGACAGUCCACUUAUAGAAGACGUCGAUGAAGAACGAAGAGAAUCAAGAAAUCAAGAUCUUCUAGAUAUGGAAUCAGCUGCAUCAAUUGCAUUUCCAAUUGGACCACUUGCUACAUUAUUUGACACUUCUUCGUUCGUUCCACCAAUUCUCCCUCCUCCAGGACCUUCAAAUAAACCGACAUCCGAUGACAUUUUAUCCCUUUUUGAUGAGAAUAAGACAACCAAAGCAUCAAAUUUUUCAUCCACUCUGAACUGGCAGUCAUUAAUCGACAAUUUCGACAGAGAAAAUGAAGAUAAUUUAUUAUGA